CCAAGAGCGGAAACUGUAUCUAAAUGUCGUUGACUGUCGUGCUUAGUUUUGUUGUUGUGCUGCUGGCUUCCGCCUUCAUACAUCGUGUACCGACAGUACCCACAGACCUAACUCAUUUCAGAUGUUCCUCUAAACCUUUUUUAUGUCAUAGGCACUUACUUUUAGUUAUUGUCCAGGCGUUUCUAAAACCGAAUACAGAGGCACUACUGACAGGCAGCAAUGUCGCUGUAUGAUGACCUCGGUGUAGGUGCCAGUGACACCAAGACCGAAGGCUGGUCCAAGAACUUCAAGCUGCUGCAGUCCCAGCUGAAGGUGAAGAAGGCGGCUCUUACCCAGGCCAAGACCCAGCGGAUGAAGCAGACCACUGUCUUGGCUCCAGUUAUUGAUCUAAAGCGAGGAGGCUCCAGUGAGGAGAGACAGAUCAUAGACACUCCUCCACAUGCUGCUGCUGGACUUAAGGACGCUGUGCCCAGUGGUUUCUCCGCUGGCGAUGUGCUGAUCCCGUUGGCGGACGAGUACGAUCCAAUGUUCCCCAACGACUACGAGAAGGUGGUGAAGCGACACCGUGAAGAACGACAGCGGCAGAGGGAGCAGGAGCGGCUGAAGGAGAUGGAUGACAGAGAGAAGAAGAGGAAAGACAGGCACGACGGCGGAGCGCCAAGCGGUUUCUCUCGUUUCCCUGCAGCAGAGGGCGAGUCGGAUGAGGAGGAGGACUACGAGACAGAGCGGAGGAAACGAACCAUGGGUGGAGCAGCUAUUGCCCCUCCUUCUUCACUUGUGGACAAGGACGGCUCGUACUCCUACGAGGAUGAGGCCUGUCCUUCCAGAGGGUCGAAGGCCGCCAUCCCUCCUCCUAUGUACGAGGACUUGGAGCGGCCGCGCUCGCCGCCUGGACCAACCAGCUCCUUCCUGGCUAACAUGGGAGGUACGGUGGCCCACAAGAUUAUGCAGAAGUACGGCUUCAAAGAAGGCCAGGGCCUGGGGAAGCACGAGCAGGGCCUCAGCACGGCGCUGUCAGUGGAGAAGACCAGCAAGAGAGGUGGAAAGAUCAUCAUAGGCGACGCUGCAGAGAAACCUGGAUCCAGCCAGGCAGCUGCUGCUGAGACUUCAGCCGGAGGCUCUGCAGGUUGGCAUUCACUCCCAUUUGCUCUCUCCCCCCCAUUGGCGGACUCUUCAAAGAAGUCAGACGCCAACCCGCUCACAGAAAUCCUCAAAAACCCGACCAAAGUUGUCCUGCUGAGGAACAUGGUGGGCCGAGGAGAGGUGGACGAAGACUUGGAGGGAGAGACAAAAGAAGAGUGCGAGAAAUAUGGCAAAGUAGUUAAAUGUGUCAUUUUUGAGAUUGCAGUUGUCCCGGAUGAUGAAGCUGUUAGGAUAUUUCUGGAGUUUGAGAGGGUGGAGUCCGCCAUCAAAGCCGUAGUGGAUCUGAACGGACGUUAUUUUGGCGGGCGAGUCGUCAAGGCCUGCUUCUAUAAUCUAGACAAGUUUCGUGUUUUGAACCUGGGCGAGCAGGUCUGAUAUCUCUCGGGGCAUGGAUGGACACUAUCAGCACACAUCUCCUUACUUGUACAUAGACCUUUUUUUUUUUAUUUCCUGAACAGCAGUGAAGUAUGUGUAUGUAUUUCUGAGUCCCCCUUGUAGAUUAUUGUCUUAUUUUCCUGUCAUUAAAAAUACCUUUAAGUCAAGACUAAAUAAAUGGUAUGAACUAUGUCUA